UAUAUACAGUGGAAGAAUAAGGCAAAAAAGCAGCUUUUUUAUCUAUAUAUAUUGUAUAAUUUCAUUUUAACCUUGCGUUGAAAUGACUCCAUAUUGAGUAAUCGAUUGAGUAUCCAGUGGAAAAAAAUCGAAUUCGCUGUAUUUUUGAUUGUAGCUGUACCUGGGGCACAGUAUUGAUUAUUUGUGGAUCCGUACUGCACAUAACGUAUGGGUAUUUGAACGUGGAUGAAGGCCGCAUUCAGCAUAUAGUUAAGUAUUAUAAAGUCAACGGGCUUUUGUUGAAGCCAGUAAUUUUGUAGUCCGUAAUUUAAAACCGGCACAUCGCGAGAUUUGGUGGUAAUCGCGCCGAACGGCGCCCAUGUUGUUGGCCCCCACGUGAUGUGAUUAUGGCAAACCUCCAUGGAUGUUGGCCUACCAUGGAAUCAUCAUUAUAAACAACUACUAGCCUACUAGCAUCAUCAUGAAGAAAAUACAAGGAUUCUCUGUGUCAUCCUGACACCAAGUGUUCCAUAUGGAGGAUGUGGUUUUACAUUACAAGCCUGCCGACGCAGGUCAACUGAGCAGCCUGAUAUGGCGGACAGAGACUGCGCUGGAGCCAUUUCUCUGCCGGGUCUUGCCAACCUUUACACCCUGGUUUCCAUCCACUAGUGACCGGCUGUUACCCAUCCGACCCUCAAAACCAGCUCCAACAGCCCAUGCCAUCACCAGGAAGACCCAAGAAGACAACCAAACCCACCAGAACUCAAAAAACCUGACAAGCAGAGUAGGUUCUGGUGACUCUACCUCAAGCUCUCUCCCAGACAGAUUAAAGUCAGAUAAAAGGGUGUAUACGACUGAUCAUCCAGUAUACAAUAACAAACAAGACAUUCAAUCACAGAUACCAGUAAACAGACUGCAUGAGACCGACCAACAACAGAAGCCCACAUUUGCGGUUGUCAUCAGUGACGCCGGGCCUGAAAAUCAAACAGUUUUCUCCUGCAGCAACAUAACCCGAAGCACUAGACCGUCUCAAGGGAAACUAGGGAAAUCCAAUAAUGUCUCGUACAUUCCAAACCCCCCCCACUCUCCUCUUCCUCCCCUUGCAACUGUCAGCCAGCCGAGCCCACCCAACCACACUUCACCAGAGAGGGCUAGGCCGCCACCAGAAAAGAGGACACAGAAACCCGUGAGUGGACCACACAUCCGAGACGGGGCCGUCAAAAGGUCCUGGAGCGUUGUGGCACAUCACAGGCUUCCACUGCGGAGUACCCCAUGCCUGUCCAAACCCUUUCUCAAGACGGUGAUCCGGCAUGGGCUGCACCUGCAGCAGAGGGCCCGCUGGGUCCUCGGACAACACAACUUGGGGUCCGCUGGCGACAUGGAGCAGGUGUGGCGGCAGCUAAACCGCUCCAUCAAGAGGUCCAGUCUGCCAACAUGUAACGCCAACAUCCAGAGGGAGCAGAGGCAGAUCUGGGUCUUCUGUGAUGUUCUCUACUCUGAGCACGUCGGGAAACACCUGAAAGAGGAGCUGGCUCUCUCUGGACAGAUCACCCUCUCUGUGCCCAAACUGGGCAACAUCCUCACCUUAUAGUUCUCUGCACUAUGGACUUUCAACCUGUAACGAAUGCAGACCCUUAUGUCUGGACCGAAACCUUCUUACGCCUUGUUCACACUACCUCCGUCCGUUGACGGAUCUCAUUGACUUUGCAUGGGGUGCUCGUGAAAUGCAUUGUUGGUCCGUCCGUCCAUCCAUAGUUUAGAAUUUUUCAACUUUUCAGGCAGCAACGGAUCCGUCGGCCAAUCAGACUGCGUUCUGCAAAUAAACGCAAGGACACUGUCCAAUAAAAUCGCCUUUGUAAUACAACCCGGAAGAACACAUGGAUACGUCAACAAGCCCCCAUCCGUCGACGUACGCAUGUAGUGUGAACAAGGAGUCACAGAUGUGGUGGGAUGCAGCAGAGACUGAAUCAAUAAACAUUCCCAGUUAUCCUAUGUUAAGACAGAAUGUGAAGCAUUUAUAAAUAAUUUGCCUACAGGGGAACAUCACAUUUAUUAAACAAAGAUUUAUUUUUGCAA